UUACAUUUUGGUUGUAUUUGUUCUAAGCCGUCAGAGUGAUUCAGAAAAUUAUUCAAAAAUAUUAUCUUUUUGAUGGAUGCGACGAGUGUAUCCGCUGUGUAUCUAGGGUUAAUUAGUCAUAUGCACUAGUGUUCUUCUAAAAAUAAAUAAAAACAAUCUGUUAAUUACCUUUGUACAAAAUUAACUUUCGCUUACUGGGGAGACUUUGUAUCUACGUCCAGUUGGUCGUUUUCAAUAGUCGAAAUGGAUCCGAGAACGAGAUUAGACGAGAAGGAGAAGAGAAACGUGCCAGAACCAAUACAAAAGCUGUUGGCCUAUGAUGUGGAACUGACGAGAAGAUUUGUCUCCUUUAGCUUAAACUUUGUGCCAAUCCGAUCGUUGAAAACGCAUUGCAAAUUUUUAGAGUAUUCCUGUCAUGGGAUCGUAUGGUUGGCUGGUCUUUUGGCAUUCUGCUGGUUAGUGGAUAAGCCCGAUUGGUAUCAGACGCAAAUGAAUCUGUUGUUUGGCCUGGUUCUAGAUAUCAUAUUCGUAGCGAUUAUAAAAGCCGCAACCCGCAGACGUCGUCCAACUGUUAACGAUGAUAUAUUUUCUCUUGGUCCUGACAAAUUUAGUUUCCCAUCUGGUCAUGCAUCGAGAGCAUCUCUGCUGUUGUUUUUCUUCACUAUGCUUGAUCCAGUUUCGUAUAUAUUCUGGCCUCCGAUUUUCGCCUGGGCAACUAGUGUCGCUUUGUCUCGUCUGCUUCUAUACAGACAUCAUAUACUCGAUGUGCUGGCUGGUGUUUUGCUGGGAUUCUUCGAAGCGGCGUUGUUAGGUGUAUUGUGGUUAGAAAAGGACACCGCUUUCAUGUUAAUGAAUUGGUUGUCCGAGGAACGGCUACCUGGAUCAGCCACUCAGGAAGAUACGUUUUAGAGGAAAUAUUAUCUGUUCUUUAUCUCAGAGUGUUUUGUUUGUGUUUGGGAUUUAAAACUCGUUUAAUUUGUACGAUAAUAAAAUGGUAAAAAGUUA